CACGUUUUUUUUUUUUUUAAAUGUCAUGUUAAAUGAAAGUUUGUUUAAGUGAACGGAUAAUUUAGGGUGAAAAAAAUCUCUUUUCUAUAAUAAAAUCAUUAUUUGUGAUUGGAUGCAAGCUAUUAUCCGUUUUUAUAAACACGGAAUCAUACAGAAAAAUGGAAGCGGGAAAUCUGCUUGGUUUCAUUCCGUUAAACCAAUCGCCACAACGACUUGUCCGCUCUCCUCGUUUCUCUGCUUUUCCUCGCACUGUUACUGUUACUCUUACUGUUAAUGCUUCUCUAAGUUCCCAGGGAGAAAAUAGGUAUAAAGGGCCGAGGCCAGGGAGGGAAAGGAUAGCUGAUUGGGUGUCGAAUAAUGAUGAUUUGGUUCGGAGUUUGCCAAUUUACGUUGGUGGAUUGUCUUUAUUGGCUGUUUUGUUCAAUCGCACUGUCUCUGGUAUUGCUCCCGUCGCUGAUGCUAGCAGUUCUCAAUCCAGAGCAGAUUUAUUGACACUUGGCUUGGCAGUCACCAACAUUUUAAAUGGUCUUGUUUGGCUUUCUAUCCGACCAAAGUCCAUAUCUUUGGUAAAUCCUAAUGGUGUGGAGUGCCAAAGAAUAGCUUCUCACCUACCAGAUUUUGUUAUUUGUGAGCUGCUAUGGGCAUGGAAUUCUCUAUCAGAUGUCACGUGCUGCAGGUCUCUGGUCAUUGUUUAUGAUGGAAAAUGUAUCCUUCAAACUGGGUUUGCUGCUGCAUCUUUGUCUAAUGAAAUGGAUGCAGUAGUUGUGGACACUAAUAAAUUGAUAGAAGGAUCACUUUACCUAGGAGUUUUAAAAUCUGCAUUACAGAGCUAUUUGGCCAACUUAUCUCUUUAUCCUGGGAAGUCGCAGCUACCAUUUCUUCCUUCAAAUACACAGGCAGUUAUCUUGCAGCCUCUAGGCGACAAAGGAAUGGCCAUAAUUGGUGGUGAUACAAUCAGAGGAUUCACAUCUGAUGACCAGGUAUGGAUCACAUUGAUUGGAGAGAAAUUAGAUGCUACACUGACCAAAGUUAUUUGACAUUCCUAGUGGCAUUGCAAGAUGGAUGUUUCAGGACAUUUAAAAUGCAAUAUCGCACAGGGAGUGGUAAUUUGUUUCCAUGAUUGUUCGCUUUGAAAUGAUUUCCCCUGAGAGCUUAAGCGCUGCUGUCAGUCAUGUUGAUUGGUGAAAGGCUGAGAUAUUGUAGGAGGUAACUUUUUCAUCUUUCUUGUGAGAAAAUGUGGAAGAUUACCAGAGAUGUCCAUAACAGAAAUUUCAUUCCUGGACCUCCCAUCUCCAAAUGCAUAGUUUGUAAUAAUCAACCCAGAGACAACCUUCUUUUCUUUCUUAUUUUGCUUCUUUUGUGCUGUAUAGCAAAAGCAACAACUAAAAGUGUACAGCUCUGAAGCUCAAACUUCUGCUAUGCUGAAUCAAAAUAAGCAUUUUAAUAAAAAGAUGUCAUUUCUUUGUA